GUGACAGGAAGUCCCAGAGUUGAAUUUCCUUUUUCCCAACUUUUUUUUUCUUGUGCGUGAAAUUCCUCAAGUUUGUGUCUUUUGUUUGUAUUCUGGAGAGAGAGAGAGGAAAUCUGGCUCGAUAACAGCCAGAACAAACCUGCAGAGACGCCAUGAUGGUAAAGUAAGUGCGCAGGUUGAGAAGAAAGAGAUGUGAACGGUGUCUUUUGUCUGGUUGAAGAAGAAGAAGAAGAAGAAGAAGAAGAAGAAGGAGCUCCUAAUGGAGAGGACUGGAAGAGGGAAGAUACCGAGGAGGAGUUGAGGAGUUGAGGAAGGAGCGGCUGUUAAUGUGGCAACAAAGUCUCAACUAACUCUGACAUCGAGAGCAACAGAACAGAGGAGAAAGUGGUGACGUUGGACGUUGGGCGUAGAGCGCUUUGACUCUAGAGAUGGAGGGAGAGAAGGAGCGACAGAGGCAGCAGCAGCGGGAAGAUGAGAAGGAGAGCAACGAGGCCGAAGACGACAGGAGGAGCGACGAGGACGCCGACAACGAGGAGGAGGAGGAGGACGAAGAAGAUUCAGAGGGCGCCGCGCUGGUCUGGCAGGAAGGCUACGGCGAGGACAAUCUGGGCCUUCCCAUCAUGCACUGGGAGGCGCUGAGCCUGCGCAUCGCUGAGCUGGAGAAGCAGGAAGAGGAGAAAAAAGAGAAGAGGGCAAAGAGUGGAGUUUCUCUGGAGCGAGGCAGAGCUCCAGUGAGCUGGACGGAGGAGAGAGGGAGGAGAUCAGAGAGCUGGGAGGACGGAGACGACGCCUGCAACAGCCACGUGCUGGCACUCACCUCCCGCCUGCAGACUCAGAUGAAUCUCCAGCUCUGCUUCAUCAACAACAGUGAAAGUGAGGAAGAGGAGGGCGAGAAGGAGGGAGGGAUAAGCGAGAAGGAAAGCAGGAGAGGGACGGUCCAGGUCCAGAAGAACCCUCAGCCUGCUGCCAAGCCAGAGAAACCCAGAACCAGAGGCUUCAGGAACACUCUGAGGAACCUGAGAGACCGGCUGAGAACCGACCACAAGACUCUGGCUGCAGCUCACAGUGAACCAGUGGUCAAGAGGAGACAUGUGGAUCGCAGUGAUUUACAGAACUUCAGCAUUAAGGACCUGAACGCUCUUCAUACGUCUCUCAGCAAGACUAUACAAGACCUGAGCUCAGACCUGGUGGGUCGCCUGCAGGUCCGAGACCAGCUGAGGACGGAGCAGGACGCCAUGCUGCUGGAGGUCCAGGACCUGACGUCGCUGUGAACCAGCCGUCGCCCGUCCGAGCGGUCGCGUACCACAAACCUUUUUUGAACGAGUGUCGCAGUCUGUGAACAUUGACGGUGUCUCAGUGGCCUCCACAAAACAUCUCAGUCAGUCCCUCCUGAUGCGGGUCUGACCAGCCAAUCACUGUGAAGAGUGUCACUCCCUGAAAGGACAUUCUCAGUAUUUUUUUAAUGUUAUUGUCCGUUAUUGUAUAUUUAUAAGGGAAACCUUGUCUCACUAGAGGAGAGUGGUUUAAAACUCACAUGUCCGGCAUGGUCACGAUGUCAGAGCCGUGCGGUACGGUCAACAACGCAACGUCCAGGCAGCGGACGGAGGCCUUAAAGGAACACGCUGCCAUUUUUAUUAGGGAAAUAUGCUUCUUUGCCUUCUUCCUCAGAUUAGAGGAUCAACACUAGCGAUGGGUCAUGAUUUUAGAUUUUUCGAAUAGUCGUUAAAUUAUAACAAAAUCAAAUAGUUUAUGCGUGCGUGCAUGCGUCACAUCUUUUCUACUGGCUUAUAACUGCAAUAUAAAAGGGAUUCCUGUUAAGAAGCUGCUAACAAUCGAACAAUCUGUCUUUGUUUUCUACGUUGUGUAGUUCUCUGAUCUGUUAACUCGUGUAUGUUUUUAGGUUUACGUUAGUAAAGAGCUAAUUGUGAUCUUAUCUACAACAAAUUAAGCACAUUUUUGUUUUAUUUUCUUCUUUAUGUAAGGGGAGAUAUUUUAAUCUUUUUAUUCAAUCAGUUAGUUUUGUGACAGUCUCGGCACAAGUUUUUUCAUAUAUUUGUGAAACCGCUCAGUGAACUACAUCUCUCGUCUCGCACAAUAUAUACGUCACCAACGCUAGAUAGUUAGCUAACGUAGCUAUGUUCUUUUGGUUGUGUCGUCUUUCUAAUUAUGUAUUUUCACAGUCUGAGACUUCAACAGUUUUACAACAAACUUUCUUGACCUUCAAAAUUAAUCUUUUAAAUUGACAAACAUCAUAUGUGUGAUUCACGGCGUAAUUCAAACUUGAUCAAAAACAUAUUUGUCUCUCGUCGUUGAACUAACGUACAUGUUUAACAUGUAUGGAUCUGGAAAUGAGCACGAUAUGUCCCCUUUAAACUUUUAUUUACAAGCUAAUGUAAAGAAAUGUUCAGGUAAACAUGAAUAAUUUAGAUUUAGUUGUUAGUCUUGUAUUAAUCUGUGUAUUGAAAAACGAAUCCUGUAGAUUAACUUGAUUGAUUGCACGCUCCAAUACGUUGUUUUUUUGGUGGUGGUUCGACCAUUUUGUUUACAUUUGACAACAGAUUGUGGCUUUAAAUGAAUAAAGUCAAUCAGUUUCAGAGAGAA